AAAAAUCCAUGAAAAUUGUGUGAAGGAAGGAGAUACAAGUGGUCUCACCCGCCCAGUUAUGAGUAGGGCAACUUUUUUCACAAAUUCUUGAGGUUUCUCACAAACUGUUAGGGUUAUGAAUGGUGGUCUUGUGUUAAGCACCAUAUGCCCACCACAAUGGACUUUGAGGUGGGAUACAAAAACUUCAAAUUCAAGGUGUAGAAUUCAUCAUAAACUAAAGACCUUAGCAUCAUCAGCAGAUAGUGCUGUUGUAAGUGGGGAAUUACUGGAACAAGUGGACAAAGAGCUUAGUAAAGGUGAUGACAGAGCUGCACUCUCUCUUGUUAAAGAUUCUCACUCUAAACCAGGAGGCCUCAAAGCCUUUGGUGCUGCUCGACAGGUUCCACAAAGGUUAUACAGCUUAGACGAACUAAAACUGAACAGCAUAGAGACUUCAUCUAUUCUAGCACCAAAGGACACCACCCUUGGUGCCAUAGAAAGAAAUCUUCUCAUUGCUGCUUUGUUAGGCUUCAUUUCUGCUUGGAAUGCCUUUGAUUUUGGCCCGGAAGAGCUCUUAUAUAUCACAUUGCCACUCUUUUUCCUCUGGACGCUGGACACGGUCGCUUUCGCUGGAGGAUUUGGCAGCCUGGUACUUGAUACAAUCGGUCAUAACAUUAGUCAAAAGUAUCAUAACCGAGUUAUUCAACAUGAAGCUGGGCAUUUCUUGAUUGCGUAUAUGCUAGGAAUACUUCCCAAGGGAUAUACUUUAUCAAGUUUGGAAGCUUUUCAGAGAGAAGGAUCACUCAAUGUUCAAGCAGGCACCGUUUUUGUUGAUUUUGAGUUUACUGAACAAAUAAGCCAAGGAAGAGUGACAGCAACGAUGUUGAACAAGUUCUCAUGUAUCGCAUUAGCAGGAGUUGCAACUGAAUAUCUUCUUUACGGUUAUGCCGAAGGAGGCCUUUCUGAUGUUAACACGCUGGAUGGGUUGCUGAGAAGCUUGGGAUUCACUCAAAAGAAAGCGGAUUCUCAGGUGAGAUGGGCUGUACUAAACACUAUCUUAAUCCUGCGCCGCCACGAACAAGCACGCACCCUUCUUGCUAAAGCCAUGUCGGAGGGGAAAUCCGUGGGGUCUUGCAUUGAUGUUAUAGAGAAAAACAUCGAUGAAACCGAUAUUUGAUGCACUCGUUCUUCACAAGUUGUCCUGUUUCCUAUAUUUGAUAAGUCUGCUGCUGGAACAAAGCUACUGCUAAAUCAUACUUGUAGGAAGGGAUAUCGUAUAACACAGACGGAAACAGGGCGGCUUGCCAGGCUCCAUAUCCUAACCGUUGCUGCAUCGCCUCCAUCUCUCAGUGUGUCUCGUCUCUCAUUAUCUUGUCCUGCAACCAUCUAAACUCAACGCCAUUACUGACUUGGAUCUUUUAACAUGUACAUACAAUACGUAUGUUGAAUGAUUAUAUAUAUAUAUAUAUGUGAAUGUAUCAUACAAUAACC